AGAAACCAUACAAUCAACAGUUUAUACAACAUGUGCUGUCAUACAGAUUGAUUGAAAACUGUAUAAAUGAAUACUGUUUUGUUUCAAGUGGUUGAGAGAACAACAGUCUUGCAUGUGUAAUACGGUGGUAGUGUACCUGAAUUUUUCACCAGUUGGCACACUUUAGUGUAUGUUUCUGGAGAAAUGGCAUCAAAAAUUGUAUUUUUAUUUUUAUAAUAUUGGCAGUAUUGAUUUACGUACAUCUCGUGUCAAAUUUUGACAGGUCAUGAGGUGACAUUCCGUUCAUCAUAUGACGAAUGCAUUUUUAUAGUCUCCUUCUCUCCUUUUUUAAAGUCUUGGCUAUUUGACAAUAAAUAAAAGUACGGCCAGCGGGGGUCUCAAUCCGAAAUGACGAAAUAUUAAGUUUUCAACAACGAACUUGACUAACGAUCGUCACCAAAAAAGUUGCCGGUAAAAAUCUAAUUGUUUGCGUUCAAUUUUCUAUCAACACCAACACAACUCUGUUUAUAUAUUUUGCUCGUAUUCCUUUGAUGUUCCUUACUGGAAAUCAGAAUGUUUACUCAAGAACUAAAAAUACACCCCCGAGAGUGUUGAAUAUAUAAUUAAAUAUUUCGGAAACGGAAUUAUGCAGUUGGACUUCCAGUGUAUCUAAUGUUGCUGGUCAAUAUCGCUACUACAAUGAUAAUUAAGUACCUACACGGACCCAUUCAGUAAAUGAUUAUGUGACAUCACCAUGACACAGACAGCAGUGUAUCUAAUCUUGGAAGUAAAAGUGUGAAUGUACAUUUCUAAAUUCUCAGUGAACUGAAACACAAACCAAACAGUCAUACAGCAUGUCUAAGGAGUCUGAAGAGGAAAAACAUGCUGUUUUUGUCACCCCUCCAUAUUGCAAAACAAAAUGCAAAGAUACAGGUUUGGUUUUUGAGGAGGAUGAGAUACCACUGUCUACCCUUGAAAUUUCUGAUCCUGGACAUGUUUUGAGAUUAUGUGAAAACCUCACAGACAGGUCUACCAAUCGGUUAGAGCUGAAGAUCAAUAGAUAUUUGAAACUAGAAACACUCUCAGAGAUGGUCUUCAUGAUUAACCUAUUGACUGUGUCUGAGGAAGCUGUCAUAAACGUGCUGUAUGACAAAAUACUUGAUAGUCCUAAACGGACACCCUUGGCAGAUGAUACAAUAGGCAACAUAAUCAAAUACAAAGACGAAUGCCUAAUCUGCGCAGAAACUUUGGAUCCCAAGAUACAAGGCUUGAUCGAUGAGGUCAUCCCCAAAGGGUCUGGGGAUCUUACUAUCGUUCCGAUUGUUGCAAAGGAACAACGAACCAAUGUACCUAACAGAUAUGCUAUGUGUCCUGUAUAUUUGAUAUGCUUUUUGAAUUCUCGCAAAGAUACACAUUACAUAUCGAGCCUAGUCAACGAAACAUUCAGGUAUUGCUUAGCUAUAUUAUUAAACACGAGAGAGUGCGAAGAGGAGAGAAGGUUAAAGCAGCAAUGUCAGUCCUUGCUCACGGUCGCCAGAAAAUUGUUUUCGCAUCUGGGCGACCUGAGCGAUCUUCUGAAAGAAAUAAUGUCAGAAGCGAGGAGACUGACGAAUGCUGAAAGAUGCUCGCUGUUCUUGCUGGAUCCUGAUCAUAUGCACCUGGUGGCUAAGGUGUUUGAUGGGGUCAGUUCAGCGGAGAAGAGCCAGGAGGUGCGGAUUGCCAAAGAUCAGGGGAUAGCAGUUUUUUACAGAUACUUGGCAUCAGGAAAUACAUUCACGGAUCUUCAAUACACAUUUAGAAUGGGAAUUAAAACUAUAAGUUAUAUUGUUCGAGAAGUAUGUAAAGCAAUAUGGUCCGAAUUGCAGAUAUAUAUGAAAAUUCCGUCAGAAGAGGAGUGGUUAAUGAUAGCAAACAAUUUUGAGAGUGCAUCGAAUUUUCCUUUGUGCUUAGGAGCGGUAGACGGGAAACACAUACGAGUUAUAAAGCCAGAAGAAAGUGGUUCAAUGUUUCUAAACUAUAAACAUUAUUUUUCAAUUGUGUUGAUGGCUGUGGUAGACUCAAAUUAUAAUUUUAUUUUCAUUGAUGUUGGUGCCUAUGUCAAAGAAUGCGAUUCGGCAUAUAAAUACAUUUAAGGAAACAGAGUUUUGGAAAAGUUUAGUGAACAAUAGAUUAAAUAUACCACCAUAUACCAACAAAUUGGGAACUCAGUGUGAACUACCCUAUGUAUUUGUUGCGGACGAGGCAUUCGCAUUACAUGAACAUUUACUUCGCUCGUUUGGUGGGCAUCAACUCGAUGAUGUAGAAUGAACAUUUAACUAUCGCCUGACAAGAGCAAGGCGGUACGUUGAAUGUGCGUUUGGGAUAAUGGCGAAUAAAUGGCGAAUUUUCCAUCAACCAUUAAAUGUAUCAACGGAUUUAGCAGUCGACAUAGUAAAAACUUGUUGUUUGUUGCAAAAUUUUAUCCACAAAGAAGAAGGAAUUAUUAAUAAUAUGGCAUGUGAUUUAUUGCUACUGACUCUGAUUCCGCCCUGCUCGAUAUACCUAGUUCAAAUUCGGUAAGAGGUUCUUUAACAGCCAAUAAUAUCCGCAAUAAAUUUGCGGAGUAUUUUAUGACACCAGAGGCGAGAUUGCAGUGGCAGAAUCAAU